GAACCUCCGUGUAUGGUUACUGUAAUAGGAACUCCUAGAAAAAAUCGCAGUAUAAUGCAAGCUGGUACGUGUCAACACACUAGAUCGAAAUUGAAUCAAAAGUAUGAAAUACCCACGCACAUACCGAAAAGAUUGCCUGGUUCUAUAGAUCCACGUUUUAAAAGACCGAUAUCGACGCGACAGAAGGCCGAGAAGUCAGAUGAAUCUUAUUGUGACACAAUGAAGAAUGGCAAACAAAUGGUGGAAAUGAAUAUGCAUGCUUUGCAAGAACUUAAGAAGUCUGAAAAUAGAUUGCAGAGAACGAUUGAAAAUAUGGACAAUUGUUAUAAUACAAAUAAAUUAUUAGAAAGUGUUACGAAGGAAGAAAUGACCAUUAUUGAUUGUCCUAUUAAAAAUGAACAAUUUGUUUCGGAAGCCGAUCAUCGUAAAACAGUAAACUUGCAACGUGUUAUUAAUGAACAAUGCAAUCUCGAAGAUAGAUUUCCUCAAGUACAAAAACAAAAGACUGGCAGGCCGUUACUUUUAAUGGUCGAUGAAAAAAAGAUACACGCCCUCCCGAUUAACAUAGACGCUGCUUCAUGUUAUAGCGUGCAAAUUCCUGUAGUUGCCUAUCAUAAUGUACCUAUACAAAUACCAAAUAUACCGGUACAAAAGCAAAAUGAUAUUAAACUUGAGUGCCAAAGCGAUAGCACGAAAAAUCUAGAAUCCCCUGUUAUUGACAAUAUCUAUGAUGCAACAUCAAUGUUGUCCAAUUUGACUUCCGGUUCCAAGGAACAUGAAAAUGACAAAUGUCCACUUAAAAGCAUUCCAGAACAUAAUGUAAAGACCGACAAUAUUUCCCAUUGUGAAACCUCCGAUUGGAUACACGAUAAGGAGAACGUUAACUCGAAUGUAUCGUUGAAUCAGGAUACGUUACUCGAUAAAAAUCAUCAUGAAAAUGUUAAUACGACGGAUGAUGCGAAAGAUGGCGGAAAUACCUUAAACUUGUCUUUCUUAGGAAGAUUAAGAACUGUCGUCGAACAAAUAGGUGAAAAUUGCAAUACAGACAAGAAAGCAUUGAACGAAACGGGAAUAACGAAGAUCUCACCGCGUCCAAAUAACAGAAUGGAAACGGAACAGAAGCUUACCUGCCGCGAAAAAACUAGCCCGUUAGAUGAGUUGUCAAACGUAAUGAAUAACAAAACCCUGAAGAGAACGCCGAUCAAUUUGUCUCGAAAGGCCAAGUCAUUCUUUCGGAAGAAAUCCCGUUUGGCGAUCACGGAUUCCGAUUGCACUCUGAUCCUGCCCGGUUCUCGCCUUCACGUUAAAGGUAAACAAUACGAGAGAACCCGCUUGAAGGUAAGUCAGCUGUUGCAAAAAAACGGAAUAAGUGGUACGAAUUCUAAUGUAGUGCGAAUGAAUAAGUCUGAUAACGCGAAACAAGCAGGUCGUCGAAUGAACUCUCUUUCGUUGACGAAUCUGCAAGCCAAGGGGGAUCCAUUCGAAGAACCGUCGUCCAUCCCUCUGGAGACCCAGGAAUUGUUGAAUCAAAGUUACUGGGAAUACUAUUGGAGGCUCAGACGUAAGAUCGCGUCGGCUGAUAAACCGGAUAACGCAGGAGAGAGAGAUAAAUCGCGUCCGAGCAAAGAAUCACGAGAACGUUUACCGGAAUCUCAAACUCUACAACAAUGUUCCGUGCUCUCUUGCAUGAUCAAUACAGUUCUUCGAGAUUCGACAGCUGUCGAUGGCAGAUCGUCCUCGGAUCCGAUCGUUUCGACGUUUGUCGCGCGCGAGAACAUUUGCCACGAGAGUUCCGGAGUGUUUGCGAAGAAAGUGAAACGAAGGAAAACGACGAAGCGAGUGAGCAAACGAUUGCUCGGACUUAGAAUUAUAGCCUUACUCGGUACCAUGAUAUAUUUCGCAGUCAUAUUUCUGCCUAUGAUGUACGAUUAUUUCUUUGACGAAGAAUACGAUAACAAUUAUGAGAAUGCGAAUUACAUCGGACUAGCACUUCAAUACGUUAUAUCAUCAUUCGGAGAAGCCUUCGAUGGAAUUGUUGAUAUCUUGAACACGGUUCUUUUACGUCCAGUAAGAUUCGGUCGAACUUUAUUAUAAAACUUAAAAUUUUAAAACCAUUUCGAUCUACACGCCUAUUUAUUUGUGUACAUUUUUGUUCAUAUUUUUGUGUACAUUUUUGUGUAUCUAUUGAACCAAGAAAAUCGCAUUCAAUGUUCUGUAGUUGUAUGUCGUUUUCAGCGUCCGUGUGGAAAAUGUAACAACGUUAUUUGAGUCCUUCGCGUGUCCAUACAUCUUUAAUGUGUUUCCUCACUAAUGCUUCUUCGUUGCUUCCUGUUUAUACACGCCUUUAGUUUUUGCGUGUGUUUGAGUU